CAAUGCACUCAUGACUGGCCCAGAGGAGAUUACGGAGACCCAUAAACCGUUCCUACAGAUCCAAGCCGUUGCAGGAUUUUUUUCUAGAAGAGCGCAGCAUAGAAUCAUAGAUUGAUCCAGUGAUUCAGAAAAAACACCAUGGGAGUUAGUUGUCGCUUGUUUGGCGAGCCAGGUAUAUUUUGAGGCUGCCGGCCCUGCCUUUGGUCAUUGUCACUGGGCUUCCUGGGGUAUCUCAAUGUCGUACCCUGUCCAGGACCAUUAUGCCCCAUGGCCUUCGCCUGCUGAUUCUGUCGUAGACUACUCAGAAGCAGAUUCGUUCUCCCAGACAGAGUCCAGGAUUGGCCCAAGCCGCGUCGUCACUCGCGGUCAGCGGAGACUCGCUUCUCAACGACCAUCACUCCGUUCCUCUUCAAGAGCCCAGUCACCGCUUAUCAUGCCAGCAACGACCACCACGACCAGUUACCCAUUGACACCCGAUAGCACAUCCUAUUCGCCGUACUCUACAUAUCAUUCUCGUUCCAAUUCGACCUCAAAUCCUCGCUCAGCUUCUCCUGCAUUGAGCACCGUUACAUCCGUUUCAUCUCAUUCUCAGUCUGGUCCCACAAGUAACCACAACCAACCGGAGUUUCUCAGUCCAUUCGAUCGCAACUGCAAUGCCCCAGCUGCAACACCUUCCCAUACACACGACCUUCCUGCAACCUCCAAUCCGCAAACGCGUCCAAAACAACGAAAACAGCGUCUUUUCAAUCUCGAUCGACGAGCCAUUUGUGAAUUCCAUCUCAAAUAUCCCACUGCUCGGCAGGAGGACAUCGCGACGAAAUUCAAAGUCGAACGAAGUACAAUCUCCAAAAUUCUCAAACACAAAGCUAAAUGGUUGAACGUCAAACCAGACGAGCAAUUGAAGGUCGCAAAACACCGGCCUUCUAAAUUCCCCGAGAUCGAAUCUGCCAUGUUGAAUUGGAUAUCGGAGCCUGCUACGACCCGCAGACCACUUAGUGACACACGUUUGCGCGAAAAAGCACUGUCAGUGGCCAAUUCUUAUGGUAUUGGAGAAGACAGAUUCAAAGCUAGUUCUGGCUGGGUCGAGAAUUUCAAACACCGACAUGGCAUCAGGAAUGGAACGUAUGAAGGUUAUGGAAGGAACGCUAAGAUUGCGAGGGCAUUAGGGAUGGGUGUUGAAGGUAUGGAAGAUCUUACUGAACGAAACGUUUCCAGGGACGAGGACCACGCCGACAAGAGCAGGGAUGACGACGGCGAUCACGCGUAUUCACCUGUCACCUCAACCACCCAUCAUGUCUUCAAUCCGGCUGCGCUGAGAUCACACAGUGAACAACACCAGAGUGUCACAGAAAUGGGCUUGCAUUCCCAACAGACACCACAUCUUCCCCAAGAUCACCCUCAUCACGGCCACCACUUUCAUCCACCUAACCACUCGUCUGGACAUCGUCAACAGCGAUAUCAGGAUCAUUCCCCCACCACAUAUCAACCGGAUAGUUACUCUUACGAACGGCAGUCCCACACUUCGUCUGUACCUUCCUCCUCUUCAUCGCAACACCUCAGCAACUACCCUUCUCACAUAUAUUCCGGACACGAGAUGCAGCCUGUUACAAUCAAUACAAAUUUACCUCCCCCCGCAGCUUCGCAGACAUCGCCCUCGUUGUCAAUCCAUCAAGUCCAACAGCUCACGCCAGUUGACAGAACUUCACACCCACCCCUUGCAUACCCGGAGCCCCGUAAUCCGCACCAACACUCGCCACCUGGUCCUCCUAUGUCGCCUAGCGGUCGCCGUAUGGUUCCUCAGAUAGCCGCGGGACCUUCAUUGCCAGGCAUACCUCCGCUACCUCCUCCCCGAUUGCCGGAUAAUUCACCUCCUUCACUACAAGAUGCUGAGGAAGCGUUAAAUCGGGUCAUCUUAUUCGUGGAUACCUUGCCACCGGGACAAGAGAUCUUGACGACAGAGCAACGUGAUAACUUACAUGACAUAAAAUGUGUCCUGUUCAAUGCAGGAGCGGGUGUGCCCUACAAAUAGUACCCUGAGGUUUCUGUCCUCGUUUUCACCCCUACCCUCACUUGUCUGACCCCAAUUUCUCGUGGUUAUCUGGUUGUUUUUCGCCGCUCGUCCUUUUUCCUAGUUCCUCGUUCAUGUUACGUGAUGGAUUAUCCGCUUUUAUCACCAAAAAUGUUCCAGUAUUCUCCGCGAGGUGUCCGACUGGCGACGCGGACAUGUUUCCUUACUCAAAACACCCUCAUCGUUUUCUUACGGCGUAGUUUCUUCGUCUCUCAGACUCUCAUCGUACUGUCAUACGCAUAACCAUGUAUCAUUCUCGUUUACCCAUGCAUUUUCAUCUAGCAUCUGCCCAGUCUGCUCGCAUUUUUCGAACCAUAUCAUUACUUCAACCCACUACCCUCGUUCUCGUUCCCCUCAGUCGAAUCCACGCUGUAAUUUUAUCUAUUCCAAUGUACAUCCUUCAGGGUUUUUCCCUGUUAAAAUCCGAGCCAUUAGGUUAGUUUAUUUUGUCUCAAGACUUAUCGAUACACGUUUUCAUAUAAAAUAAUCUACAGUCCUAAAUUAAUAACUUGUUUAGCCUAGUUCAUUCGAAUGAAGCCAGAUUCGCAGGCCG